ACAAUACGCCGGAAAAGGGUCAAAGUUGACGGAAGUGGGCCGAAAAAUAAACAAGAUUACUGGAGAACACCCCACGAUUUCAGGCAGGGACUUUUGAGUUUGGAAUUGUAUGACAGGUCUGGGGGAAAGGAAUUGUAUGCAGAUGCUCAUAGUUCAGACCCCUCACCCAAGGAUGGGGGAUUGAGACGUUUGAGGAUUCCACCACGGUCAAAGCAAGGAGUCACCACAAGUUAUUUGCAUUUUUCAUCUCAAAAUCUUGUGAGCAGAGUGGAUUUUUCAUGAAACCAACAGUUGUGUUCUUUCGGACAGUAUUCUCCAAGAACUCCAGUUUCUAGUUUUUGUUGGAUAAGCAAACGGCCCCAUUCUAAAAGAGACAUGAGCAGUGGUCGUCGCAACACCGGCCCUCGCAAUGGGUCUGUCGGGGGAGGCAGGGUCCAGCAAACGAAGUUGGUCCUCUUGGGUGAUCAGGGAGUCGGGAAGUCGAGCAUUGCCCUUCGCUUUGUGCGGGGUCAGUUUCCAGAGCACAGUGAAGCUACAGUUGGAGCGGCCUUCCUCACCCAGACAGUGCAAGCUCAAGGCCAGUCCAUCAAGUUUGACAUUUGGGACACGGCGGGCCAGGAGCGGUAUCACAGCCUCGCGCCGAUGUAUUACAGGGGAGCCCAGGCCGCCAUUGUGGUCUACGACAUAAACAAUGCUAACACGUUCAGCCGUGCGGUGAGCUGGGUGAAGGAGUUGCGACAACAGGCCUCCUCCAACAUCAUCAUCGUGCUGGCCGGGAACAAGCUGGACCUAGCAACGGAGCACCGCGCAGUGCAGACUGAUGAUGCUCGUGCCUUUGCUGAAGACAACGGAUUGAUAUUUGCCGAGGCGUCUGCCAAGACAGGCUUGGCUAUUAACGAAAUGUUUAUGAUGAUUGCACACAAAAUUGCGGGCAAGCCUCAAGGCCCCCAGGGCAGGGGUCAAGUGGUCAGCCUGUCUGACGAGGGGAGAGAAGGUGGCGGGGGAUGUCGGUGCUAACCCCUGCGUUAAAACCUGUGUUGUACAUCGACGGACGGACGGAAUGCAUGUUGGUUUGUCGAGGCAUGGCUUUAAAUACUCAUGUGUGAAAUGUGAUGGUGUGUGAAACGUAAAGACGUGUGAAAUGUGAUAUGUGUGUAUGGGUGAUGAAGACAGCAGGGUUUGUGUCCUGAUGUGCUUCCAAAUGCAUUGUGGGAUAAGGUGAAGAAUAUGAACAUGUUGGGUUGUUUUGGGUUUUUUUUUUGCAAUAACUGCCAAAGUAACGUAUAACAAUGAAAUUCUUUAAAACGGAAAUUGUUAAUCUAUGUAAUUUGCAACAGCUUUCAAAGUUCCGCAGGAGAAGCUUUACACGUCUUAUCAGAUUUUUGUGCACUUUUGUGUUGUUUAAAAGCUUUAGGAGUUUUGCAGCAGAUAUCACCUAAGAUGUUGGCAAAAACAUGAGACGCUUUUGUCUCAAGGCCGUAAACACUCAUUGUUUUUUAAUGAAGUCAUUUCACCAUCUGUGCAGUGUGAUAUUGUUGGUUGAUAGUACAGAAAGACUGUACAUUGGAUUAGUCUUUUUUGAAUUACCUCACAUUUAAUUUAUGAUGCCUUGGCUGUGACAUCCCACUAUUAAAUGAAGAACUCUUUGUGCCGUACACGUUUUCACAUUCUGGGUCAAGACUUUUUGACAUUCAAAUUCAUGUAAAUCUCUAGUUCAGUAAGGUUCCAGAGGUUUUGCGGUGUGAGUCGGGGUAGCUUUGAGUAAUUCUCUCGGUAUUUUGACAUUUACUUUUUUCUGGCCUUGGUUUCUGGAAAAAUAGUCACUCUUGGUAUAAAGCUGUUUGACACAAACCUGAGGACAGCAUUUUUGUUAUUCAGUCAUUUAUUAUGGUGGUGAUGAUGAUUAUUAUUUUUAUUAUUAAUAUUAUUAUUUAUUAUUGUUAUUAUUAUUAUUGUUUUUAUGAUUUUGCAGAUACCAUUUUUAUAAUUUGAUAGAAAGGUUCAUUUGUUCAGUAAUUAUUAUUUUAUUUUUUUUGCUCUGCUAGUACAGAUAACAGUGAUAGACAGUGUAGUAGUUUUUUAGUAGACUGGGUUAGGAGGAACGCAUAGAAGAAAGAGGCUGGAUUACUGGGAAAUUGCCAGGGUCUACUCAUUUAACUGAUUUGAGGUGAUGUGAGUUACAUGAGUUUGCAUGUACAAAAUCAAAGGGAAGUGGCAUGAAGAUAAAAUCUGUUUCUGAAAUCAAUUUCCGUUGUGGUGCACAGGACUUGGUAGAGUCGGGCUGGAGAAAAUUGCGCCCUGUGUAUUAUGAAAAACACAAGUGUUAUGCUGGUGACGUGGAAUUAGAUGCCCGGUUCUCAGAACGUAGAGUAAGAGAUAUUACUGUGCAAUAGGAUGAUCAUUUUUUUUGGUGUUGUUGUUGUUAUUAUGUGUGUGUGUGUGUGUGUUUGCAUGUAAAUUUGAGGGGUAUAUGGAUGUGCAUAUAAUGAUAUUGUGUGACAUGGCUUCAAUGUUUGCUCUAGAAUCCUCACUGGUGCUAUAUGCCCUCUGUGAACUCUGACAUCUUUGACCUCAAUUUUAUGUCGUGUCAUACCGCGAUCUUGUGUAUGUUUAUCUCUUUGACUGGCGCCCUUCUGUGUAAAGCCAGCUCACUCCAGUGCACAAUAUUAGUGAUUCUAGUGUCGGAAUUAUGGUAUGAAAAUUUUGUUGUAUAGUCGAAACUGUUCAAGACGACCACCUGUGAUAGUGGAGACACAGGAGAAAAGUGGCUUCAGUUUCAGACCCCUGCCUUAUAAACUGUAGUAAGAACAAAUCUCAGACUAGUAUCAAAUGAAACACUUCUACGGUUGUUGACCAUCAAGUUGGGGUCGCAAAUAUUGUCCUGCCGACCUUAAUUUGAGAGCCCUGUUUUAAAACUAUAAUUUGUUCCACUAGACAGGAUCUCUUGUCUUAGUAGGAAAAUUACAAGUAUUCUAAUCAGGGUACAGUGAACGUCGUGCUGAACUCGCAAAUCUUGGUGGGUAUGAAGGGGCUGGCUUUUCAACUGUGGCUGUGAGUGAAAGUGAAAGAUCGCUUCGAUCUGUGCAAUAAAGAAUCUAUCGUGGCUUGAGGGGGGGGGGGGGACCAGGGGGUGUAACAGUAUUCAGUCUUUUAUCAUUGGUUAACACCUGCCUUUUCGCCCCAGUGAUGUUGCAAUGUUUUGUGCGUGAGAAAAUAAUGUAUUCUACAGAUUCUCACAAAAGAUUGAUGGUCUGCAGUGGUAUGUUAGGGAGAAAACCCAGAUGAAGUCGAUUUUUGGGGACCUUGAUGAAGUUUUUGAGGAUGGAGAGAGGUGUUAAAAAAUAUUGUUGUCUUGUCUGUGAAUUAUUGCAAAUAUCAAAAAAGCAAAAGCUCUCGCCGUCUGUGGUAAUCUUGUACACAUUGGGCUUUUCAGAGCACUUUUUUUCUUGUAGCAUGCUUGGCAAUGUUCCAUAACAUAUAUAUGUGCUGUGCUCUUAAUGCUUGUUCAGGUUUUUCAAAUUUUGUUUUGUACAAAUUUUGGGCUACAAACAUUCCACACUUUUGAGAGAUGUCAUAUUUUUUUUAUACUCUGUGAAUGUACAAUGUGUAGUGAUCAGUGGUUCAUUUGGAAGAGCCCAACAUUCUACUUUGAAAACAUGCAACUCUUUUUGUUCCUACGAAAGAAGAUCAGCUUGGUAGUGACUGUUGUGUCUUUGUUAUGUGGUAGAUCUGUAGUUGUUGUUUUUUUUUUGGGGGGGGGGGGGGGAGGGGUUCCAAAUUGCAUGUUCUUAGAAAAGCAUAAUCAAGACCCAUUCUUCAUCUGCACUGUAUAAGAAUAAUAAGACAGAGCAUAAUCGUGCCUCUUGUGACUUUGCGCUUUUUGUGCAGAAAAGAAAUGAGAAGUGAGAUUGCCAGUAAUGUGUUGGUUGAAAGUUAUUUUAUUGUAUGUGAUGUUCAGUCUGUUCACUAGCUUGCAAUCUAAGUGAUGGGGUGUUUGAAGUUGAAUGUUUGAUAUGUUUCUGUCCCUAGACUAACACUACAUGUGCUGUCUUAAUCAUGAUAGAAUACCUGUCCACUGAUGUCCCUUUUCUUUGAAAGCUCAGAGGUGAAUGUCUGAGUAUGCAUGUGUCAAAUUGAUUGGGGAAAUUCACAGCAAAGUUGAAACAGCGGGGUCUGUGAUUGUGCAUGAUGGAAAAUAUUGUUAUUUUGAAAACAGUUUUCGAAAAAAA